AUGGAGGCUGACUACUCAGAGAUGCUGGAGCAGUUCGUGCCAAUUAACGGAGUUGAAUCAGACUAUCGUGACAAUCCUGUUUUCACAUCGGCUGACUUCUACGAAAACUGUCAACAUCUCCCCUCCCUGUCGGUCGGAGUCACUCUGCUGCCAGGGGCUGGCCGAGACGGAAGAUCAGUGCUUAGGCUUGACUCCAACGUGGCUUUUGCAUUGGUGGGUUGGGAUCUUAAUUUGGCUUAUUGA